AUGACUAGUACAUCUGUGAAACAUCGUGAAUUUGUUUCUGAACCAAUGGGAGAGAAAGAAGUAACUGCUGUUGCUGGUAUUGGACCUACAUAUGGUGAAAAAUUAAGUAAGGCUGGUUUUGAUAAGGCUUAUGUUCUAUUUGGACAAUUUCUCCUUUUGAAGAAAGAGAAAGAACUUUUCGUUGAUUGGUUAAAGGAAGUAGCCGGAGUAAGCAGCAAUCAUGCCUUAUCAGCAUAUAAUUGCUUAAAUGAAUGGAGUGAGCAGUACAUUUAA